CCCGCCCCCUCGGCCCUCUCUGCUCGGUAUAUGUUGGAGGGGAGCGAGCGGCGGACUGUUCUGGCUCGGCAGAGAGACGGAGGGAGACGAGCAGCGCCUCGACACACAGCUCAGCUCUAGUGGGAGACCACAUCUGGAAUUACCUGUUAAAAUCUCCGUCUCUCGGACCCCAUCACUAAAAAGCCGUCGUGGCAAACUUGAGAAUUUAAAGGAACAGAACAGCUGCGCGCCAGGAUCCUGGUUGGUCCUCCAAUGAAAGAUCAACUGCAGCUCACCAGUCCAGAAGUAGCAAUGUCGGCCACCAUCCUGUCCGCCUUCUACGACAUCGACAUGCUCUACAAGGCGCAAGAGAAGAAUCUCAACAUGAACGCGCUUCACUUUAACAGCAUGCUGGACAAGAAGGCGGUGGGCGCCCCCGUGUCCAGCUCGGUCAGCGGCACCAGCUGCUCGUUCGCUCCGGGAUUUUUACGCCGCAACUCGGCCGGCAGCGCAGACUUGCCAAACAACGGCAACAAGUACUCGGCGUGCUCGUAUAAGGACAACAGCUGCAGCAGCAGCGCCGCCACCACCGCCAUGCUGAACAAGGAGAACAGCAGCAGGUACCGCGAGCGCGCCUUCAGCGAGGGCGGGGAGCGCGCGCAGGCGCAGCAGCCGCAGCAGGCGCAGCAGAAGGCGGCGUCGCAGAUCAACUCGACCCGCUACAAGACGGAGCUGUGCCGGCCCUUCGAGGAGAACGGCGCGUGCAAGUACGGCGAGAAGUGCCAGUUCGCGCAUGGCUACCACGAGCUGCGCAGCCUCACGCGCCACCCCAAGUAUAAGACGGAGCCGUGCCGCACCUUCCACACCAUCGGUUUCUGCCCCUACGGUCCGAGGUGCCACUUCAUCCACAACGCCGACGAGCGCAGGCCGGCGCCGGCCAACAGCGGGGCAGAACCCAAGUGCUCCUCCUCCAGCGGCUACGGGGCUCGCGACGCGCCACCCGUCGGGGUGUCCGCGUUCCGGGACAGACCCAAACUGCACCACAGCCUCAGCUUCUCGGGCUUCUCCACGCCGCACGGUCUGGACUCGCCGCUCCUGGACACCAGCCCCACGUCCCGCACGCCCCCGCCCCCUUCGUCCGGCCUCUACGAGGACGCGCUGGCGCAGGGCGCCUUCCCCUUCGCCACCGGCCAAGAGAUAAAGGCCCUGCUGGCUCCUCUGGCCGUGCACACGGCCGCCGCCAGCUACGCCUCGUACUACGGCAGCUUCCAGCCCCCCAUGGGUGGCCCCCCCUCGCCCCCUUACAACCUGAGCCACCUGCAGGCGCUGCAGCGCCUGUCGGAGUCGCCGGUGUUCGACUCCCCGCCCAGCCCGCCGGACUCCAUCUCCGACCGGGACAGCUUCGCCAGCGGCUCGCUCAGCUCCUCCGGAAGCCUCAGCGGCUCCGAGUCGCCCAGUCUGGACGGCGGGCGACGUUUGCCAAUCUUCAGCAGGCUGUCGAUUUCUGAUGAUUAAAAGUUUUGAGAGUUGUUUUUUUGGUCUUUUUUCUACAAAAUGUGGGAUUUUCUUGCUUUCUUUAACGGACUGGAGGAGCUGAGAUUCCAGCAGCAGCAGCGGCGUCUCCUCCAUGACGUACGAGAGUUUAACAGACUUCAGCAUCCAGGGAGAUGGAUCGUCACACCCUUGACAUGGCAUUAGUUUUCGUUUGUUUUGGUCUUUCUUUCUCUUCUCGUUUUUGCUUGAACUGAUAGCUAUGAAAGUAGAUAUCAACAGAAGGCAUUCCAUCGGCGACUCAGCUGCGUUGUGGCAGCCCGUGUGCUUAGCAGAUCGUCACUUUUCCGCAGACACGUUUUUUGCUCGUGCACAAAGACUUCUCCUCCUUUGAACGUGAAAGACAGAGCGGUUUCAGAUUUUCCUCCAUCCUACCAAGAAUAUGCCUUGACGAGUAUCAGUUUGCAAAGUAGCUCCAUGUAUGCGCUUCUGAAAGCUUAAAAACAACAAAAAACUUUCCAUUCCAAAUGUUUAACCGGUUUCAACAGCGCCACCCAGUGGUUCGGUUGGUUAGUGUAGUUCGUUGCUUGGUUGAAGCACCCUUGUUCGGUUUGUUGGGAAAUCACUGCUGAUGGUUGAAUAUAUAUUUUUUUAGCUGUUUUGAGUGAUUACAUAGCAGUACAUAACUGGCUAUGAACUAUUUAACUUAUUUAUUAUCUUUGUGAAAAAAUAUAGGCUACAUUUUUGGUAAUUUGUGUCCAUACUGUAUUUAUCAAGUAUGUUGAAGCAAUAGAUCUAUAUUCUUUUAUUAUGUUUAAAUUAUGAUCGCCAUUAUUAAUCUACAUAAGUGGAGUGUAUGUUCUUUUCACAGUAAUAUAUUUUUUUUUUGUUUGGUCUCCUUUUGUAACUUCACUUCGUUAUUUUAUUGUAAAUGAGUAAAAAAAAUCUUAAUUUAAGAGAUUGUAUGUGAUAUUUAUUUCAUAAAAUUUGUUUCCUUGUUUACGUUCAUUAAAAAAAACAAUGAGUGAUUGCCGUUUGUCAAUGUUGCUUGUGGAAGACCUUUUUUUUUCUGGGGGGUAUCCCUAGAUGUGUCCCUUUUUUUUUCUUUUUUUUUUCUUUUUUUUAAGAAUGUAUAAUCUGUGGUUGUCAAGACCGUCCAAACCAUUAGUAGAAUUUUUUUCUCUUUUUUUUUUCUUUUAGUCAGUAACAAAGAUCCCAAGUAAGUAAAUUAACCAAAAAGUAUUGUUUUCUGUUUAUUUUAUUAUUUUUUUAUCUGCUUUUUUUUCCACUUUUCCUAAAAAUGCACAGAGUCAGGUAAGGACUCCUACCAUGUGCUUUGAGAAUGUAGCAAUCAAGUGCCCCAGUAUUAUUAUUGUGUAGUGCCUAAAGGGGUCCACCAUCUUACAUGCCUUACAAUUAACCAAAUAAAGUAUUUUCAUACAUGCUAUUGUUUUACACAAGAGGAGUUGAAUGAAUGUAGGUUUUGAAUUUUUUUUUUAACUUUUUGGGAAGGUUGUCACCACUUAUGAAAAGAGGGCUUGGAGCAACCAACGAAGCUUUUUCUAUUAUAAUGUGUUUGUUUUUUGUUUUUUUUUUAAAACUCCCCAUUCCUGUAGACUAUAGUGGGACUUUUUGUUCUCUUGGUUGCCUUCGAUUAUGGUCCGUUCUGUUCUGGACUUGCUGGAUGGGGAAGAGGUUGAAUAUGUUUUUGUUUGUACAUAGUAGGUACACGGGAUGGGCACUAUGUACUUUCCUUGACUACUUUUAUCAGAAGUAAAGCUUUUUGAAUGUAACUUUUAAAAACGGACAAAAAAGACGACGAGUUGUAACAUACUUGUUUCUGGGGAGUCAGUUCACUACAGUUUUGCGUGUGAGACUGUUAACUUUGUACUGUACAUUUUUGUUUUUUUUGUAGUUCUCCCAAUAAAAUUAUUUUGGAAAAAAAAAGA